UGCCUUUCAAUGUCACCCAUCAGUGCCAGUCAGUGCCACCUGUCAUCAGUGCCCAUCAGUGAUGCCUGUCAAUGCCCAUCAGUGCCACCUAUCAGUGUCCAUCAGUGCCACCUAUCAGUGUCCAUCAGUGCAGCCUAUCAGUGCUCAUCACUGCAGUCUCAUUAGCGCCCAUCAGUGAAGGAGCAAAAUCACUUAUUUACAAAAUUGUAUAACA